AUGGAUUUUCAACAAAGCCAGUCCUCUAGCUUUUUACAUUUACUAAACUCUCAAGUGCCUCACAAUGACAACCCACCUCAGUUUCUUAGUUUUUCACCUACUCCAGACGUUGGAGGAUCCGCUUCACGUGCACCAACUGGUGAGGACCGUAAGCAAAGGUGCAAGUGGUCAAUAGCUGAAGACCUGGUCCUCAUCAGUGCAUGGUUGAACACCUCCAAGGAUCCCGUAGUUGGGAGUGAGCAAAGGGCAGGAACCUUUUGGAAGAGGAUUCAGGCGUAUUAUAAUGCAAGUCCCAAGGUGGUUGGUUUGCCUAAAAGAGAGAAAAAUUGUAAGCAGAGGUGGGGGAAGAUAAAUGAAGGUGUCUGCAAGUUUGUAGGGUCAUAUGACGCUGCAACAAAACAGAGGCCCAGUGGCCAGAGUGAAGAUGAUGUUUUGAAGGCUGCACACGAAAUAUUCCUCAACGAUUACAAGGCCAAUUUCUCAUUGGAGCAUGCGUGGAGGGAGCUUAGGAAUGAUCAGAAAUGGUGUGGUACUUAUGGCAAUAGUCAAUAA